AUGAACCUGAAAGCAGUUGAAGAUCUCAAAGGCACUCUCCGUCCUGAUUUCUUUCAUGGCUAUGCAACAGCCGCUGCCCAAAUCGAAGGCGCAUGGAAUCAAGAUGGAAAGGGACUCUCCAUCUGGGACACUUUCGGCCAUACUCCCGGUAAGGUCUCCGAUGGAAGUACAGCGGAUGACGCAACGCGAGCAUAUGACUUUUACCGUGAAGACGUGGCUCUGAUGAAGUCAUACGGUGUGAAUGCCUAUCGAUUCUCUCUGGCCUGGUCACGGAUCAUUCCGCUCGGCGGUCACGACGAUCCAGUAAAUGAACAGGGUGUUGAGUUCUAUUCGAAUUUGAUCGACGAGCUUCUCCGUCACGGCAUCACACCUUUUGUCACCCUGUUCCACUGGGACACGCCCCAGGCGCUUGAAGACCGGUAUGGUGGCAUGCUUGAUCAGGAGCUCUUUACGCGGGACUUUGUACGAUAUGCCCGAGUGUGCUUCGAACGGUUUGGUGACCGCGUCAAGCACUGGAUCACUUACAAUGAGCCUGGUGUGUAUACACUGGCCGGUUAUGCUGCGGGCGUUCAUGCUCCAGGUCGGUCAUCUUUUCGAGAACGCAAUGCCGAAGGCGACUCCUCCACCGAACCAUUCAUUGUGGCUCACACGGAGCUGGUCUCGCAUGGUCAUGCAUCGCGACUGUACCGCGAGGAGUUUCAACCGCAACAAAAAGGGACCAUCGGAAUCACCCUGCAUGGCAACUGGUCGGAGCCAUGGGAUGAAGAAGAUCCUCUUGAUCAGGAAGCGGCAGAACGAGCGCGCGAAUUUGAAAUCGCCUGGUUUGCCGACCCCCUCUAUAAAACGGGGGAUUACCCCGCGUCGAUGCGAGCGCAGCUGGGGGAUCGCUUGCCCCGCUUCACGCCCGAAGAAAGCAGGCUCGUGCUAGGCAGCUCGGAGUUCUACGGCAUGAAUAGCUACACGACUUUCUUUGUCAAGCACAAGACAACACCACCCGACAUCAAUGACCACAAGGGAAAUAUCGAAAGUCUCGACGAGAACAAACAAGGUAUUCCCCGCGGCGAAGAGUCUGACACGCCUUGGCUUCGGGCCGCGCCGACGGGAUUCCGUAAACUUUUGAAUUGGAUCUGGAAACGUUAUCAGAUGCCCAUCUAUGUCACUGAAAAUGGAACCACCGCCAAGGGAGAAGUGGCACCGACACCUGAGGUGCUCAAUGAUACCUUCCGCAUCAAGUUUUUCGAAGGCUACGUGGGUCAGGCACUUGCUCGAGCUGUCAAAGAAGACGGUGUGGACAUUCGGUCUUAUUUUGCAUGGACGUUCACCGACAAUUGGGAAUGGGCUGCCGGAUACUCGGACCGAUUUGGGUGCACAUUCAUCGAUUUUGAAUCCGAAAAAAAGACUCGAUAUCCGAAACAGUCUGCGUUUUACUUGGACAAGCUGUUUAAGCAUUUGAUUCAACAAGAAUAG